CUGUCGAAUCAAUGCUGCGAUCAAUUGUCGCUCGAAAGCACCGGUUCCCUGCUUGGCGGCGCUACCGAGCAAACCUAGUGGAUAGAUGCAGAUAAGCUUGUUGGUAGCGCAUUGAGGGAGGGGUUGUUGGAUGUGGGCAAUGACUCGGCAAGCUCCUAUCCCCCCUUCCCAUUUUCUGCCCGGAUUGAGUCCUCUUGCCAAUGCUCGAACUCGUGGCCGGUCGGACAUUGCUUGCUCUUUCCACUCGAACCUCUUUCCCCCCAAAAAUAAGAUUUCUUGUGCAAAUAAUCACCUUUUCUUAGAAACCAGAUCUGAAACCAGACCCAGCGCUGCUGACCUACUAGCCCCGUCAAGUUGCCGAGAUGGGCGAAAACAACCAUGCGCAGGAGCCAACGGCCGAGAACAUGACCAUGAUGCAGGGGUUCGAGUGGUAUGUGCCUGCCGAUCAGGAGCACUGGGUGCGUCUGGAGAAGCAGGUGCGCCAGCUGAAGCAGUGGGGCAUCGAUAACAUCUGGCUACCUCCCGGAUGCAAGGGAUCGUCCAAGGACGGCAACGGCUACGACAUCUACGACCUCUACGACCUGGGCGAGUUCGACCAGAAGGGGUCCGUGGCCACCAAAUGGGGCACCAAGGACGAGCUCCUGAAGCUAUCGCGCACCGCAAAGGCCGCCAGCGUCGGCCUGUACUGGGAUGCCGUCCUCAACCACAAGUUUGCCGCCGACCACCGCGAAAAGUGCCAGGCCAUCGAGGUCGACCCCGAGGACAGAAACAAGGAGGUGAGCGGCCGCUACGAAAUCGACGCCUGGGUCGGCUUCGACUUUCCCGGCCGCAAGAAUAAGUACAGCGGCAUGAAGUACCACUGGUACCAUUUCAGCGGCGUCGACUUCAAUGCUGCCAACGACAAGACGGCUAUCUACAAGAUUGUUGGCGAACAACCAAUGGAGUGGGCUGCGACUCCGGACGUGGAUGGGGAAAAGGGCAACUACGACUACCUCAUGGGGUCCGAUCUCGACUACUCGCACCCCGAGGUGGAACAGGACGUUCUCAACUGGGGCAAGUGGCUAGCUGCCGAGAUUCCCCUUAAGGGCAUCCGCUUUGACGCCAUCAAGCACUACAGCGCGGAGUUCUUGGAGAAGUUCGUCGUGGAACUCGACGAGACGUACGGCGCGGGCUGGUUUUUUGUCGGCGAGUUCUGGAAGGACUCGCUCAGCGACAUGACCGGCUAUCUCGACCGCAUGGGGCAUAAAUUCUCCCUGUUCGACGCGCCGCUGGUCUACAACUUUAGCGAGAUCAGUCGGGGUCAGGGGGCCGACCUUCGCAAGGUCUUUGACGGCACGCUGGUGCAAACCGCCCCCAUCUCGGCAGUGACUCUGGUCAUGAACCACGAUACGCAACCGUACCAGGCACUAGAGGCACCCAUCGAGGGAUGGUUUAAACCACUCGCAUACGCGCUAAUCCUUCUACGCGACGCCGGAUAUCCAUGCGUAUGGUACGGUGAUCUGUAUGGGAUCAAGGGCGAGCACCCGUUCCCACCGUCGUGCGGCGGCGCGCUGUCCAAGCUGGUGCUGGCGCGCAAGAUGUACGCGUACGGCACGCAGGCCGACUACUUUGACUACGAGACGUGCCUCGGCUGGGUGCGCUACGGCACGUGGGACCGCCGCUUCGGCUGCGCCACGGUCCUCAGCAACGCCGGCCCCGGAACUAAGCGCAUGCACGUCGGCGAGAUGCACGCCGGCGAGCGCUGGACCGAUGUGCUGGGCUGGUCGUCGGGCGAGGUCGUCAUUAGUGACGACGGCUUUGCCGACUUCACAUGCAGCCAGACCAGCGUGAGCAUAUGGGUCAACAAGGAUGCCGAGGGCCGCGAUAAGUUUGCCAGCGAGUUUGAAAGCAAUAUUUACGACGAAUGAAUGGUCGGUCUGGGUAAGCAUGGCGGUGAUAGGGUGAAGUCUUUUUGAGAAAGUUUUUGUGAAAGACACGACAGAAGAGAGGUCGACUGCAAGAAGCACGAUUUGCAGAAGAAAAACGUAAAUACCCCUAUCUAUGCGUAUCAUCAUAACUUUGCCC